AAAAAACAAUCUAUGGUUCUGCAUCUGUAUCUGCGUUCUGUAUUUCUAUAAUUUUUAUUUUGCUAAAUAAUAACAAGCCACUCCAUUUUUCUAGUUAGUUUUCAAUUGAACUAUGUAAUUAAUAGACAAGUUGAUAAAUGAUCAACUUGAAAGUUAAAUAAAAAUUAAAAUUAAGCUGCUUACAAAACAAUCAGUUACAAUGCCUUUGCUCGACGGAAAGGAAAUCGAUAUAUUUUUUAGUGAAGAAGAUUUACCGUAUGAAGAGGAAAUAUUAAGAAAUCCUUACUCGGUCAAACACUGGUUAAGAUACAUUGAGCACAAGAAGGGUGCACCUAAACAUGAAAUAAAUAUGAUAUAUGAAAGAGCUCUAAAAGAACUGCCUGGAUCUUUUAAGUUAUGGUAUAAUUAUCUGAAAAUAAGAAGAUCUCAAAUAAGAGGUCGCUGUAUUACAGACCCUUGUUAUGAAGAUGUAAACAACUGCUUUGAACGGUCUUUAGUAUUUAUGCAUAAAAUGCCAAGAAUAUGGAUGGAUUAUUGUACAUUUUUAACUGAUCAAUGUAAGAUAACAACUACUAGGAAAGCAUUCGAUUGUGCUUUAAGAGCUCUCCCAAUUACACAACAUCAUAGAAUAUGGCCUUUAUACCUAAUAUUUUUGAAAAAACAUGACAUUCCAGAAACAGCAGUCAGAGUUUUUAGAAGAUAUUUAAAACUUUGUCCUGAAGAUACUGAGGAGUAUAUAGAUUAUCUUAUAUCAAUAAGUAAAUUAGAUGAAGCAGCUGUAAAGUUGGCCCAUAUUGUUAACAAUGAAAAUUUUCAAUCAAAACAUGGAAAAUCCAAUCAUCAAUUAUGGAAUGAACUUUGUGAGCUUAUUUCUAAAAAUCCUGAUAAAAUUCAUUCAUUGAAUGUAGAUGCAAUAAUAAGAGGUGGGUUGAGAAGAUACACAGAUCAAUUGGGUCAUUUAUGGAACUCUCUUGCUGAUUAUUAUGUAAGAAGUGGUCUUUUUGAGAGGGCUAGAGACAUAUAUGAGGAAGCUAUACAGACUGUAACCACUGUGAGGGAUUUCACGCAAGUUUUUGAUGCAUAUGCACAAUUUGAAGAACUUAGUUUAAGUAAAAAGAUGGAAGAAGUUGCUAAGAAGCCAAAUCCUACAGAGGAUGAUGAUAUCGACUUAGAAUUAAGAUUAGCAAGAUUUGAAUAUUUAAUGGAGAGGAGACUUCUACUGCUCAAUUCUGUUCUUCUUAGACAAAAUCCACAUAAUGUGGCUGAAUGGCAUAAGAGAGUAAAAUUGUAUGAAGGGAAACCUCAUGAAAUUAUUGACACUUAUACAGAAGCUGUCCAAACAGUUGAUCCAAAAUUAGCAGUAGGAAAACUGUACACAUUGUGGGUGGGUUUUGCAAAAUUCUAUGAAAGCAAUGAUCAAAUAGAAGAUGCAAGAUUGAUAUUUGAAAAAGCAACCCAAGUCCCCUAUGCAAAAGUAGAUGAUUUAGCAUCAGUAUGGUGUGAAUGGGCAGAAAUGGAAAUAAAACAUGAAAAUUAUGAGGAAGCAUUGAAGCUGAUGCAAAAAGCCACAGUUUUACCUAGUAGAAAGGUUGCUUAUCAUGAUGAUAAUGAAACUGUCCAAAUGAGGCUAUACAAGUCAUUGAAAGUUUGGUCUAUGUAUGCUGACCUUGAAGAGAGUUUUGGCACUUAUAAGUCUUGUAAGGCUGUGUAUGAUCAUAUCAUUGAUUUAAAAAUAGCAACACCUCAAAUCAUUAUUAAUUAUGGACUUUUCCUAGAAGAACACAACUAUUUCGAAGAGGCAUUUAGAGCCUAUGAGAAAGGCAUUGCCCUUUUUAAAUGGCCCAAUGUUUAUGAUAUCUGGAACACUUAUUUAACUAAAUUUUUAAAGAGAUAUGGUGGAUCCAAGCUUGAAAGAGCAAGAGAUUUAUUUGAACAAUGCUUAGAACAUUGUCCACCAGAAUUUGCAAAAGCAAUAUUUCUCCUUUAUGCAAAAUUAGAGGAGGAACAUGGGCUCGCCAGGCAUGCAAUGGCGGUAUAUGAGCGUGCUACCACAGCAGUGCUUCCUGAGGAAAUGUUUGAAAUGUUCAACAUUUAUAUAAAGAAAGCUGCUGAAAUAUAUGGGGUGCCUAAAACACGACAAAUAUAUGAAAAAGCUAUUGAAACUCUUCCAGAGGAAAGAGCGAGGGAGAUGUGUGUACGUUUUGCAGAAAUGGAAACUCGUUUGGGUGAAAUUGAUAGAGCCAGGGCCAUAUAUUCUCACUGCAGUCAAAUGUGUGAUCCGAGGAUAACAUCUGAAUUCUGGAAUACUUGGAAAGAAUUUGAAGUAAGACAUGGAAAUGAGGAUACCAUGAGAGAAAUGCUUCGAAUUAAGAGAAGUGUACAAGCCACAUAUAACACCCAAGUUAACAUGAUGUCUGCUCAAAUGUUGAGUUCUGCAGCACAAGCAGCAGGUACAGUUUCUGAUCUGGCACCGGGUAUAAAGGAUGGUAUGAGAAUGUUAGAAGCAAAAGCGGCUGAAAUGGCUGUCCAGAGUAAAGGAGGUAAUAUAUUAUUUGUUCGUGGUGAAACCCAGGGUCUCAAGGAAAGUGGAGAUAAGGUUCUAAAUCCAGAUGAAAUUGAUAUUGAUGAAGAUGAAGAUGAAGAAAAUAGUGGAGAUGAGGAAAUAGCGCCAGUUCAGAAGAAAGAAAUACCAGCUGCUGUAUUUGGAGGUCUAGCGCCUGGAAAAGAUUAAUAAUGAAAAUAAAUUGAAUUUAAUAAAUUAAA